UUUUGACCGGACGACAACAAUGUCAGGUUGAUACAGCCAUGCGUUAAUCCAACGAUAUGAGUACGCCAUGCAAAUACAAACUGACAAUUAAUGUCAUCACUCAAAUAAAUAAUAUUCAGAUUACUUAAAAUUUAACUAGGUGAAAUACCCCGGAACUCAACGUCGCUAUGGACCCCCUAUCAAGGAAAGUGGUGCAGGAAGACGUGGUUCAGUACAAACUAUUUUUGAUUCAGUCGGACGACACUGAUUCUCAGACCCAUGAAGAACGUUUAAAGCAUUUGGUUGAAGAUAUUCUGGCCAGAAUUGCCCCACUUCUCGUGAAAUAUAUUUGGCAACACCAGUCAUUCAACCUCAACUAUCAGCCGGAGAAAGACGCUAUUCCUGCUCACAUCGGAGGCACCACUCUCUUUGGGGACAACGUGGACGAUGAAUGGUUUAUAGUUUACCUCCUUCAGCACAUCACCGAGGCCUUCCCCGAGCUAGCUGCGAGGGUUGAGGACAACGAUGGAGAGUUUCUGCUGAUUGAAGCGGCAGAUUAUCUUCCCAAGUGGUUGAGUCCAGAAACAAGUGAAAACAGGGUAUUCAUUCACAGGGGACAGUUUCAAAUCCUGCCAUGCCCAUCCCGUUCCAGUGCAGUUGGGAUUCCCAGAGAUGUGGUGCCUACUGUGCCGCAGGCUUUAGCUUUCCUCUCCUCCAACGUUGAGCACUGCCUUGCAAGUCCUAAAAUUUGCUCAGCCCUGAGGAAGCGUUUGAAUGGGUACCCAGAGAAGAUCACCUCUAACCUUCACCGGGCUCACUGCUUCUUACCGGCGGGGAUCGCCAAAGUGUUGGCCCAGCGGCCUGACCUGAUAGCGCCCGCGGUUUCCGCCUUCUAUCUUCGGGAUCUUGUGGAUCUCCAGGCCUGCCGGGGGUUUAAGACCUUUCCCCCGGACACGCGCGUCCACACCCUGGUUACCUUCACCCGAUGCUUGUAUGCCCAACUCCAGCAACAACAGUUCACCCCAGACCGGAGAAGUGGCUUUACCCUGCCUAUCCGCUCUCACCCCCAGCACAAAUCAUACGAGCUGGGCAUGAAACUGGCUCAUGGCUUCGAGAUCCUAUGCUCUAAGUCUAGAGCACCUUCUUCAGAGCCAGACGCUCCAGCCAGCUGUAACCCUCAGUGGAAAGGAUUCCUAGAGAACCUGAAGAAGAAUGGAUACUUCAAGGGUCAAAUGGAAGGCUCCGUUUACUAUAGAGGACUGAUGACAUCUGCAGAGAACUUUUUCAGACUCUCUUUCACACACGGAGGUCAGAGUGCAGGGGAGGAGGUUCUCGUGCUGCUAAAAAAUUCAGCUCCUCUCAACAAAGAGGAGCUGAAGAAGCAGGAGUCCCAGCUUGCACCGGCUGACAGCGACAGCUGGCUGGACCUCACCUCUCAGGACUUGGAGCGUAUGCUGGAGGAGAAGAGCGGGGGAGCCAGGGGCAUCGCUCUCACCAAACCAACCCAGGAGAAGGGCCAGGGGAAGAGGGAGGAGCCAGAGGGGGAGGAGGCCGGCAUCAGCCUGGUAGCCGUGACACAGGGCAUGAAGAGCUUCCUCAGUGCCAUGUCGUCCCACGAGGGUGCUGAGCUACCCUGGGCCCAUUCAAAUGAUCCUUUUAGUUUUGAUCCAGUAUCCAUGGCCAGCGCGAUGGACAAAUUACUAGGAAGGACCGAUGAAGGAUUGGACUCUGAUGAUCUGGAGGAUGACGAUGAUGAUGAGGACGACGACGACGACGAUGAUGAUGAUGAAGAUGAUGAGAAGAGCGAAGACGUGAAAGUAUUCUUUGGUUCCCAAGGGGAAAAAGAAACGGAAACUCUAGACAAUCUUCGUAAAUACAUGGACCAAAUGGACCAUGAGUUGAUGGACACACACAUUGGAAAGAGUUUCAAUCAGAAGAAUCGUGACAAGGAGCGUCCGGCCAGUGGCUCCACGCUCCCCCCUAGAGGAGAUGCUCGCUCACAGGGAGAAGAGGCAGCAGAUCCAGAGCAGGAGGAGGAGGAUGAGGAGAUCCAGCCCCUGGACGUGGACCUCAACCUGGUCACUAACCUCCUGGAGUCCCUGAGCUCCCAGGCAGGCCUGGCUGGCCCUGCCUCUAACCUGCUGCAGAGCCUGGGCUUCCACCUGCCCCAGAACAACGACCCUUCCUAAGAGAGCAGGCCCUGUUGAAUGUAACUCGCUCUUCAGCUGAAGUCCCCCUUUUGAUACGGUUUUGCCUUUUCCUUAAAUUUCACAGGCUUUUCCUCGUAGCCCUAGGCGUCGCCCUGGAGGUGUUUAACAUUUUUCGUAGUGUUCUCACUUAUGGAAGACCGUAAACGUUUUUGAAGUUGUGAAAAAUGUUGAUACCAUCUUGUAAAACUGUUUGGCAUUUAAUGUUAGUUUUUUUUACAGAGCACUUAAAUGCCACUCUCGUAGGCCAAAUAAAAUGACUUUUAUAAAUA